AGCGCUUUUUGCGACUCCUCCGCCGCACGGAGAGCCGCCUCGAGGGCCCAGCGCCCGCCGCGGCGCGAGAUGGGCGCCCAGGCGUGCUGCAUGUCGCUGCGCGCGCCCGCCACGGCCGCCGAGACCGCCGCGGCGUCGCCCGUGGCGCUGGCGCGGGCGCCGCCGGCCCCGGACGCAAUGGUCGCCCCGGCUCCGGCGGCCCCUGCCCCGGCGGGCGCCGGACCGGUGCUCCUGCCGAUCAGCAGGCGGCGCUCACGCCUGGAGGUGAAGGUGGACGCAGGCGACAACCUGCCCAAGGCCGCCUCGCCCGGCGCCGGCGCGGGAGGCUCCGCCUCUCCCGCCCAGUCGCCCGGCAGGUCGUCGCGCAAGAGUGAGCGUCGCGUGACUUUUGGAGGCGAGGAGAUGAAGCAGUUCGAGGCCGUCGGCAGAAUGCGGAGCGUCCGCUAGGUGGCCUCCUCGUGCUCCUGCCGCCGCUGCUGCUCUGCGGCUGCUCCGUCUCGCUCCUGCUGCUGCCUGCUCCCUUCCCACCCUUCCUCUCCCACCAGGCCUCAUUUCCUCCCUCGCUCCUCC